UACACAUUUUCAGCAACGGUCAGGAAUACCAAAGAGAAGGCGGUGUAUUGCAUUGUGGUGGAAUUCAGUUGUGUUACAAGUUUGUGAUUGAGAGAACUUAAUUAUUUUUUUCCUCGGGAAGAGUAUUCAGUAUUCUGCUUGCGCUGAUGGAACAGUCUUAAAAAGGUCAACACGUUUUUCCUUCGGAGUAAAGGAAUGAAAGAAUGAGCAGUGCCGUGCACAAGAAGACUGGAAACCUAAGUGCAAAUGUUGGCGUUAGACAGGCAAAGGCUUGCAAAGAAGCUGUAAUAUUAGAUUCUGAGCCCGUUACUGAAGAAACCAUUAUUAAGAAGGGAUAUGCUUCGCCGGAAGACGUACUGAGACUUCCUAAAAUAACAGAAAAUUACUUGUGUUCUCCAGAGGCAAAUAUCUAUGACAUAGACUUUACUCGGUUCAAGAUAAGAGAUCUGGAAACUGGGACUGUGUUGUUUGAAAUUGCAAAACCACCAGCUGCAGAUGUUGAAGAUGCUGAUUCUGAUCCUGAACGAGAGGAGUCUGAUCCAAAUGCUGGUAGAUUUGUUCGUUACCAGUUUACACCCCAGUUCCUUAAGCUAAAGACUGUGGGAGCAACAGUUGAGUUUACUGUUGGAAAUAAACCAGUCAGUAAAUUCCGGAUGAUUGAAAGACAUUUCUUCAGAGAUAAACUGUUAAAGAGUUUUGAUUUUGAAUUUGGUUUCUGCAUACCUAACAGCAAGAAUACAUGUGAACACAUUUAUGAAUUUCCAACGUUGCCGCCAGAGCUAGUGAAGGAGAUGAUUGCUCACCCAUUUGAGACCCGUUCAGACAGUUUCUAUUUUGUAGAUGACUGUCUAAUAAUGCAUAAUAAAGCUGACUAUGCUUAUGAUGGUGGGCUUCAGCAGUGAACAACAUUCACGUGGAUGGCUGUUUUCUACAUUCCAUUAAUUUUUCUUCAGUUAACUAUUUUAUAUAUUUUUUUAAAAAAAAUUUAAACUGACAAGCAUUCCAUUGAUUUUUUGUUUUCUUACUCUGAAUAUUUAUUUUUUGUUAUAAAUUAUUAAGACAUAUUGGAUUUAUUAAUCCAAAUAAAAAUAUGUUUUUACUUGAAUUUUAUUUUUCAAUUUAUGAUACUAUUUUCGAUGUUUUCUUCUCUCUAUUCAUUGCCCUACUGUACAUAAGGAAUUUCAUUUGUACUGCCCGCUUGCCUCAGUUUCUUUUUGUGACUGAUCAAAGUGUUUAUAAAUUCAGUUAAUCAUUUUAUAUAAUUUGCAUGUUUUAAAAUUGAGGCAAGAGAACUGUGCUAUCAUUCAUCUUAUCGGUGAGGCAUGCAAAAUAAUCUGAAGGGAUCAAGAGAAACAUUUAUCUUCUUCUUAUAUUGAGGUUUAUUUUGGAAUGAAGAGGGAGUCUGAUGAAGACUAUGCUGUGGAUUGUGAUAUAUGUGAAAUGACAGUAAUUAAAAAAAGUGAGGCAAUUAAUGACUCGAGCUGCACAUGAUUGUUGAUAAGAAUAUGUAGGACACCUUGGACAGGAUCCCAUCUAUCAAAAGUUUUAUCCUGUUGGUGUGGCUUUUUCAUCCAUUGCGGUAUAGGGAACAUUAUAGAUUUUUGUGUCAAAAGUAUACGACAUUAUCAGCUGUUAAAUCUCAUGUACAUGUAUGUCUACAAAUUACUGCCGUAUCAAAUAAAUAAUGGUCCUGCCACUGGAAAUAUUAUCACAUAAGCUAUCAGCGAAAAAACUGUAGGUAACACAACCAGGGAUAGCAAAAUCAAAGGCAGAAGAAAGCCUGAGAAAGAAAGCUACAAGGAAACCAUAUAAUAGUUCAGGAAUUAGGACACAAGGCCUCUAAGAAUUUGCAGUGAAAACCUAGGAUGUAACUUAUAAUUUAUAACAUAAUUGUGAAGAAGGGUCACACAGUGUAGCAUGAUUUUGUUUUUUUGGUUGUACCUGUGCUGGUUCCUUUUGCCUUAAAAUGAAGGAAAGGCAAUUGUGUAACAGUCCUGCUUUGCUGUUGCCACCACCAGGGCAUAGAUUCCUCAGGCUCUUAUGCUUUGUACAGUCUUUCUUAAAACGUUUGCUCUUCAUUAUCAAUUAAAGGUAAUCUAGCUUGUGAAGAUCAGACAGUCCUGCACCACUCACAGCAUGAUGAACGGUAUGGUGUAAUCUACACACAUUUAAAGAAAGUGUACCAUUAUUUUUAAUUGAUUUUUGUCAUUUUCUUUAUUUUCCUCAAAACAGACUUUUGUCUUAUUUAAAAUAUGGAGGAAUGAUUAGGUUACAUUUUAUUUGACAAUAACUAAUUUAUUCUAAACUGGGUGUAUCAUUUGUAGGAACUAUGAUACAACUCUAUGAAGGGAAGUGUACUUCCACCUCUGUGUUCCAUAUCCUGAAUAUCUGAAUUGUGUGAGCUUCAUUUCAGUGAGAACGAUGAGAGACAAGUGCGGGUAGGUUAUUUGUUUGUGAAGCUACACGAAUGUGUUUACUUUGAAAUUCAUAGUUGCAAUUUAUUAUUGCCCAAAUGACUUUCUUUUAGUUUUUUGUUGAUUUCACUUUCUCCUAUUAUUUUAAGCACAUGAAUGUCAAAUUUUACCAAAAACUUCCAAAUAUGUUGCCUUUCUUAAACUCUUAUAUUUUACACCCUAAAAAAUAAACAUGAACUUUUGAUUCCAAUGAAGAGACUAAUCCAGCCCAUUAUUGGAAACUGCCAGAUUAUCCGUCGUUAUUGAUUAAAACAAUUUACCUGUUCAUGGAAAAAAAUGACAAUUUUAUCUAUUGAAUAGAAUUUUUUAGCUAAUGUCUUUUUUCUUCAGAAGAAAGCACUAUUUUAUUUGCCGUCAUUUCAGUGCAAAGGAACCAUUUACACACAGACAACAGAAUCACAAAUAAAAACUAAAAUUUGCUGCACAGUGCUCUCCAUUUGCUUAAGUGUGAAAUAAGCUGUACAGGCAAGUGUUAUGAUCUUUUUUAACACAUUGUGCAGCUGUCACAGCUAGAAUUCUACUUUAAUUUUACUGUGCAUUAAGAGUGAUGUGAAUAUUAUACAGAAAUGGUGAACUGGUAGAUACUGAUCAUCUCCUAGUUAUUGAUGUUACAGCACUUCUGGAAUAUUAGACAAGGACAUGAUGUAAGUAUUUGUUGUGUGUGUAUAUCCAUCAACAGAAUUCAUUCACAUAAAUGGGCACACUUGGCUGUUUAGCAAUGGUUUUGAUUUGUAGUAAUCAUUUCAUGUUAAAUUUUGUAAUCUAUAUGCUUCUUUAGUUAUAUUCCAGUAUUUUUAAAAUUAGUAUGAAGUGUAUUAUUUCAGAGGUGCUUUGGUUACUGAAUGAUAUCCUGCUAAUCAUAAGAGAUACAAUCAUUGUGUGUAUUUUGACUUGAUUCAUUGUGUAGUAGCUUAAGGUUAUCAUUUUACCUACAUUGGGCUGCUGUUACUUUUCAUUUAUAAUUACUGUAAUGUUUGGGAGGAUGCAUGAUUUUCCUGUUUCGUUUUGAGCAUCCUUGAACAAAGUCUGUCACCUUCUCACUAGCCAUUGGCAAAGAAUGUGUCAUGUGGUCAGGCACUGGACUGUACAAAUUGUAAACGUUGCAGCACUGCACUUUAUGGGCACAUGGAUUUUCUCAUGCCCUACAUAAGAGAGACAUGCACUUAGAAUAGCAAGGAGCUAUGCGAGGUAGGGGGUGUGUAUGAAUUUUGUAAUCUUGGAGGCAGGCAAUAAGUGGAUGUGGAAUAAUUAAAUAUUUAGUCCUCCCCCUUUCCCUCCACAUCACCCUUCAUCUCUGCAAAUUUGUUUUGUUAUUUGUUGGAUUUUUCUCUCUGUCUGAAAUGUCUACUGGGGAAAAAGUAGGAUAUUCUUAAGUUUUUUUCCUUGAUAGUCCCUGCUUUCUGUUCGCAUCAGAAUUUCCUCUGCUGGAUGCAUACAGUAAAAUUAUGUUUACAUUUUUGACAUCCAUCCCCAUUUAUUUUGGGUUGUAAUUAUAUUUUGAAAUAGUUGUUUUUUGUGUUAAUGGUGAAUAAAUUGAGGUAUUAAAAAAUAAAGGUUGUAAAAAUGCUGUUCUGGCAUAUCUUGGAUAAACCAGCAUGGUUUUGGUAGCCUUUUUUAAAGGAAGUGCAAAAGGUAUGCCAUAAAAUUCUGAUUUACACUGUAAUCCAUAUCUCAAACAAGUGUUCAUUAAAAUAAUUACCUAAUUCAUAACAAAGCAAACACAAACCUUCAAACUGAGGGUUCAUUUGGGUGCUAUAUAGUCAGCUGUUCUUUAAUGGAGCAUGGAUCUCCUGAAGCUAGUUUUGCCAUAGCAUCCUUCUGACCUGCUAACUAGUUUUCACAAUUAGUUAACAGUAUACAAACUGGCUGUGACACCUUCUGUUAUAUGUAUAAAAAAUGUAAAGCCCAAUCACCCCACAGGAUUCUAAUUGGUGUUCGCAAUUUGCUAUAGCAGUGUUGAUUCCUAGACGUGAAUUGUUCUGACUGUUAUUGUCAAGUUGGGAAAUUCACUUUAUUGCUAAAUGAAGGGUAUAUUCAUGGGCUAGAAAGCCUCUCCUCGGAAAAUGGUUGCUUCCAGGUUGUCCUAUAAUUCAGAUCCUACUGAGUUAUAUUUUGUGACAAUUUAAAAUUUAUCACCAGUUACCAUGACUUUUGCUUACAGACUAGGUGACUAAAUUUUGGGAGGACCAUUAACAACCCUGAAUAUACUGCACCUUCAUUGUUGCACUAAUAUGAAAAUAUGAUUGUUGAUUAUUGUAGAUGGGGAAAUUAUUUUAUUGUAAAGAUUUUCAUACAUAUGUCUUGUUUAAGAAUUGUUGUCAGAAGAGGUGAAAAGGCAAAGUUUACUAAUACAAAGAAUUCUUGUCAUUGAUGAUUGUAUAUACAUAAUGAUGGAGUAGUAUUUUACAUUAUAAUAUACAUACAAAUGCACAGGAAAUAAUGACAGUUGUUUGGUUACAACUAUUAGGUUAGAAAAAAAUGGAACACUUUCCUUUUGUGUGUGAAAGUACAUUUUGUCUUCUUAUAUUUUCAAAUAAUUGAUAUUGUGUAAAUACAUAACCUACUGUAUUGUUCUUGACUGUUGGAGAUUGACAUAAAAUAAAUGGACCUCCUCCUGAAA